GGCCCAGUUCCACAACUUACUUUAACCGAAGUUUAACUCGUUAAUGGAAAAUUCACAUUACGUUUGAUGUCCGAUGUAUCCAAUCGGACGUCAUACAUUGUACAUCAAAUGCAAUGUGAAUCCUCCAUUAACGAGUUAAACUCCGGUUAAAGUAAGUUGUGGAAUCGGGCCUUAGAAUCAGUACUUAACGUAACGUAAUAUAUUAUGGAAAAGCUUGUGCGGUGGCCCUUAGAGAGAGUCGAGGUUCGUGAUAUCAAAGUCUGCCCGAGGACGUUACAUUUUUUAAGAGAAACGAGUGAUUGGGAGAGGAAAGAAAGGAGAUAGGACAUAACGCGAAAAAGAAAUAAGGAUCAAGCGGACUUGAUAAGAGAAAUGAGACCGUAAUAGUAAGAAUAGUAAAAGAUAUAACGUGAACUUGAAUGAAAGAGAAUAACAGAGUUGAAGAAAAAUCUAGGAUAUUAAAAUGUCAAUCAAUAUGAAUGCAAAGCAGAUACGGCAAGCUUACAUUGACUUCUUCAAGAGUAAGGGUCAUGAAUAUGUGCACUCAAGUUCAACAAUACCUCAUGAUGACCCAACUUUGCUUUUUACAAAUGCUGGAAUGAAUCAGUUUAAGCCGAUAUUCUUAGGAACAGUUGAUCCUAAUAGUGAUAUGGCAAAAUGGGUACGCGUAGUGAAUAGUCAAAAGUGCAUUAGAGCUGGUGGCAAACACAAUGAUCUAGAUGAUGUUGGUAAAGAUGUUUAUCAUCAUACUUUCUUUGAAAUGAUGGGAAAUUGGUCCUUUGGAGAUUACUUCAAGAAAGAAAUAUGUGCUUGGGCCUGGGAAUUUUUAACAGAUGUAUUGAAACUACCAGUUGAUAGAUUGUAUGUGACAUAUUUUGGUGGUGAUGAGAAGAAUGGAUUGGCACCAGACAAUGAGUGUAAAAACUUGUGGCUUUCUCUUGGAAUACCUGCCUCGCACGUUCUACCAGGCAAUAUGAAAGAUAAUUUUUGGGAAAUGGGUGAAACUGGACCCUGUGGACCAUGUAGUGAACUACACUACGAUCGUAUCGGUGGUAGAGAAGCGGCUCAUCUUGUAAACAUGGAUGAUCCUGAUGUGUUAGAAAUCUGGAAUUUGGUGUUUAUACAAUACAAUAGGGAAUCAGAUGGCAGUCUUAAAUCAUUACCAAAAAAGCAUAUAGACUGUGGUUUGGGCUUAGAACGAUUAGUAUCAGUAAUUCAGAAUAAACGUGCUAAUUACGAUACUGAUUUAUUCAUGCCUCUGUUUGUUGCAAUUGAAAAGGCUACAAAUGCCCCACCCUAUCAAGGUAAAGUAGGGGCUGAUGAUGUAAAUGGAAUUGAUAUGGCAUACAGAGUUCUGGCGGAUCAUGCUCGAACUAUCACAAUUGCUCUAGCAGAUGGAGGAAUGCCUGAUAACACUGGUAGAGGAUAUGUCUUGAGAAGAAUCUUACGACGUGCUGUACGUUAUGCGACAGAAAAAUUAAACGCUAAGCCUGGAUUCUUUGGAUCUCUUGUAAAUGUAGUUGUAGAUCUUCUCGGGGAAGUUUUUCCAGAAGUAACAAAAGAUCCACAAAGUAUAAUUGAUGUUGUGAAUGAGGAAGAGGCCCAAUUUUUGAAAACUUUAUCGCGCGGUCGUAAUUUGCUAAAUAGAACCAUAGCGAAAUUAGAGUCAAGCGAUACUGUACCAGGUGAUGUCGCAUGGCGCUUGUAUGAUACUUAUGGUUUCCCGAUAGAUCUCACUCAAUUAAUGAUUGAGGAAAAAGGGUUGAAAAUCGACAUGGCAGGUUAUGAAGAAUCUAAAAAACAAGCGCAGUUAAUUUCCCAAAAUAAAGCUGGUGGAGUAGACGACCAAAUAAAUUUGGAUGUCCAUGCCAUCACUGAAUUGCAAGAACGUGGUGUUAAACCUACAGACGAUUCUCCUAAAUAUAAUUAUAAGGUGAUUAGUUCCGUUAAAUACGAGGAGUAUGAGUUUGCGCCAUGUACCGGUACUGUGAUCGCACUGAGACGCGCCAAGACUUUCGUCGAUCAAGUAACAUCUGGCGAAGAAGUUGGAAUUUUAUUAGAUAAAACGAAUUUUUACGCGGAACAAGGAGGUCAGAUAUACGACGAGGGAUUUUUAGUGAAAGUCGACGAUGAGGCUACAGAGAUUCGCGUGAAAAACGUUCAAGUUAGAGCCGGUUAUGUGCUACAUAUCGGUACCGUAGGCGAGGGUACGUUAAGAAAAGGAGAUAAAGUUCAUACAAAUGUGGAUACGGCACGUAGACGGCUAGUAAUGGCUAAUCAUAGCGCCACGCACGCCCUUAAUUAUGCGCUUAGGAAGGUUCUGGGAACAGGAGCUGAUCAAAAAGGAUCGUUAGUUGCACCUGAUAGACUCCGUUUCGACUUUACAAACAAAGGACCAAUGACAACGGAACAAGUGAAAAACACGGAAAACAUUACCGCUGAUAUGAUCAAGAAGAACAAGAAAAUUUAUGCUAAGGAGAGUAAUUUAGCUUUGGCGAAAACCAUUCAGGGUUUACGUGCAAUGUUCGAAGAGACAUAUCCUGAUCCGGUACGCGUUAUUAGUAUGGGCAUACCGGUUAAUGAUCUAGAAAAGAAUCCUUUGAGUACAGCCGCUCUUGAAACUAGCGUAGAAUUUUGCGGUGGAACACAUUUACAUUACACUGGCCACAUAGGUGAUUUUAUAAUAACCAGCGAAGAAGCGAUUGCUAAAGGCAUCAGACGUAUAGUAGCGCUCACUGGACCGGAAGCUGCCAAAGCUUUCAGAACGGCAACAUUAUUGCAAAAUCAAUUAUCCCAUCUUCAAAAAAUGAUUGAAACUGAUAAAUCUGGAACAAAUUCUAAGGAAUAUGUGAAGAAGAUAGUGAAACUGACGGAUGAAAUAACGCAUGCCGUUAUUCCUGGAUGGAGAAAGGAUAACAUGCGUGCCACGCUGAAAGAAUUAAAGAAAUCUCUCGACGAUAAGGAACGAGCAGCAAAGGCAGCUAUCGCUAACACAGUUGUAGAAACUGCUCAAUCUAUAAUACAGUCCAGAGUUGGAUGCCAAGUCUUAAUCGAGGUUCUGGAAGCGUACAGUAAUACGAAAGCUCUGGAUUCGGCAUUGAAGAAGAUUAGAGUUUUAUCGCCGGAAACUAGCGCUUUGCUUAUAAGUGUCGAUCGCGAUGUCAAAAAGAUAUUUGCUCUCAGUUCUGUGCCAAAGUCCGCGAUUUCCAAAGGACUGAAAGCAAACGAAUGGAUCCAAGUGAUUGCGCCUGCGAUGCAAGGCAAAGGAGGCGGAAAACCUGAAUCUGCACAAGCUUCCGGGACUAAUAUAGCGUGUUUGAACGAAAUAAUAAGCAGAGCUAAUGAGUUUGCCAAGCAAAAACUUGGAAUUAUAGAAAAGAGUAUCGCUAACGAUACUUGUAAGACUUUAGAAAAUGAUAAUCAAUCAAUGGACUCGUCAUCAAAAUUGUUACUUUAUGCAAAUAUUGGGAGUGCUAAAUGCUAUUUGGCACAAAUAAUCGCGCGAUAUAGCGACAAAUGUUUGACUAUUAAGCAAAUCGAAAAUGAUAAAUUACAUUCUAGCAAUAUAAUAUUAAAAGCAGCAGAUGCCACAUUAUUCGAUAUCAAUGCUAUCGCGUUCUUUUUAUCAAAUUCGCAGCUACGGCGUGAAGAUGAUUUAUUCGCAUCCAGCCAGGUUUUGCAAUGGACGAAUUAUGCGCAAAAUCACAUUUUACCGGCAGUCAGUGGCUGGGUGAUUCCGUCCCUCGACACUUCUGUAUCAAAAGAUAUGAAAACGAACGCAAAGGUUUCUAAAGAAGAUGUUCUUUCUGCUUUAAGAACAUUGGACAACACAUUACAUACAAGAACAUACUUGAUAGGAGAAAGAAUCACUCUUGCGGAUAUAUUUGUUUUUAUCGCGCUAUUGCCUUUGUACGAAUAUGUAUUGGAUCCGCAUUAUAGAAAGCAAUAUACAAAUUUAAAUAGGUGGUUUUCUACAAUUUUGAAUCAGCCACAAGUAAAAUGUGUAGUAAAGAAUUUUACAUUUUGCACAAAAUGUAAUGUUAAUUAAUAGCUAUUAGCUAUUGUAAUAAAAAUAUUUAUUUGCAUUUUCUACUGGAAUGCGCUGUUACAUUAUGCAAGAGGAUUGUCAUUUUCUUCCGAUGUAUUGGUUUUAAGAUUAUCAUACAGUAUCCUAAUUUCUUUUAAUAAAGUGGAGAUGUUU